AAAAGGUCAUAAUUAGUAGUGACUAGUGAGAGCAUGCAAAGUUGCCAGGUUGCAGACAGCACACUUCUCCUUUAUUAGAACUCCACUAAUUCUCUCUGCAUCUUCAACCUCUCUCACUCUUCUUAUCUCCAUAACUACCGACCUUUUGAUUCAAUCCUUUACCUGCUAUAAAACUUUGGGCUCACUUUCUCGGUCUAAUCCAAAUCUGGUUAACCCAUUUUUUUUAUUUUUUGCGAUUUUGUGUGGGAGCGCCAUAAGUGCAUAGCCUUUGAUUUUUAUUUCUGGGAGACUGGGACGUCAAAAGGAAGGGCAAAGUUAGAAAAUGAAAGUGACCCACAAAGAUUCAGAGAAAAUUGUUUGGGAUCCGAUGAGAAGCCUGUCAGGGAACCCGCUUACAGUAUCCGGAGCACAGACCCGGACCCUGCCGAAGCUCAUGGCGUGGCUGAUUUUGGUAGUUUCAGCGACUUAUGUUGUUUACACUCUCAAGCUCGUCUCCACUUCCCGCGCCUGUAACCACGAGGCAUUCCCCGUCCACCCCCGCCUCUCCGCUCUUAUCUCCACUAACGAUUCCGUUCAAUUGGCCCAAAAUCGGACGGGAAUCGAACACAUCGUGUUCGGAAUAGCAGCUUCGGCGAAGCUAUGGGACCAGAGGAAGGACUACAUCAAGCUCUGGUACAAACCCGAGCAAAUGCGAGGCGCUGUUUGGCUCGACAACAAGGUAAAUACCGGAAACGACGACGACCGAUUAUUACCCCCAAUAAAGAUCUCGAGCAACACGUCGCAGUUCCCCUACACGAACCGGCGGGGCCACCGUUCCGCGAUCCGGAUCUCGCGGAUUGUGUCGGAGACGCUCGGUUUGGAGCUCAAAAACGUUAGGUGGUUCGUGAUGGGGGACGACGACACCGUCUUUAUCACGGAAAAUCUAGUGACGGUAAUGAAUAAAUACGACCACAAUCAAUAUCAUUAUAUCGGGUCUCAAUCGGAGAGUCACUUGCAGAACAUUUACUUCUCGUACAGUAUGGCCUAUGGCGGUGGAGGUUUCGCGAUUAGCUAUCCAUUAGCGAAGGCUCUGUACAAGAUGCAGGACAAUUGCAUUCGGAGGUACCCGGGAUUGUACGGAUCCGAUGACCGAAUACAAGCUUGUAUGGCCGAACUCGGUGUCCCACUCACUAAGGAAGUCGGCUUCCACCAGUUCGAUGUGCAUGGGAACCUGUUUGGACUCCUAGCCGCACAUCCUGUUGCACCAUUUGUGUCUCUUCAUCACCUUGACGUAGUUGAUUCCAUCUUUCCCAAUGUGACUCGGGUUCAAGCUCUUCAGAGACUGAUGAUCCCUAUGAAAUUGGACUCGGCAGGUCUUAUGCAACAAUCCAUUUGCUAUGACAAAACUAAGACCUGGACCAUCUCUGUUUCGUGGGGCUUCGCUGUCCAAAUUUUCAGAGGAGUCUUUUCACCGCGUGAGAUAGAAAUGCCUUCAAGAACCUUUUUGAAUUGGUACAAAAGAGCAGAUUACACAGCAUACGCAUUCAACACUAGACCAGUCAGCCGAAACCCGUGCCAAAAGCCUUUCGUAUUUUACAUGACAAAUGCUAAACUCGACAAUUCAUUGGACCAAACAGUGAGUGAGUACAUUAGGCACCGCGUUCCUUACCCGAGUUGCAAAUGGAAGAUGCCUGAUCCUGCGAUGAUUGACACGGUGGUGGUUUACAAGAAACCGGAUCCACAUCUUUGGGAUAGAUCUCCUAGAAGAAACUGUUGCAGGGUUAAGGAGUCAAGUAAGAAAGGAAGGAUGGUGGUGAAUGUGGGUGUCUGUAGGGAAGGUGAGAUCAGUGAAGUAUAGGAUAUUAUUUCAUUAGGGACUUAAGAGCAGCUUCUUCCUGUUGUCCUCCUCUCCCUCCUUAGCAUCUAUCAUUUGUUUAAUUUAUUUGUGAUCAGGUAAUAUCCAAUUUUGUAAUUUUUAUUUCAGAGUAGAGUGACAGUAACAUAAUUAUUGGACAGGAACAAGUUGCUAAAUCCACGGAACUUUUGAAUUU